AUUCUUGACUUGCUGUGUGGAAAGGAAAUCGGGAAUAUCGAGGGAAUCAACCGAAGAUCGGACGGACUUUGCGACGCGACAAUGAAUUCAUAUCAGACGCCCCAGCCGGCUCUAUCGGGCUUUCUCGACUCAAUGUUACAGGACUCAGGUUCCUCUGCAUAUUCCUUGUUUGGUCCGACUGAGUAUCCCGAGAGCGUUGCGUUCUGGCACGAUCCCUCUGCGGCACCGACGAUGAUAGUGCCACCUCCAUAUACACAUGCCCAGAACCAAGCAUCUCUGCUCCAACCCCUCUCGGAGCAUAAGAAACAUAAACGUACCAGAAGUGGCUGCUUUACCUGCCGUUCGCGACGGAUCAAAUGUGACGAGAACCGUCCAACCUGUGAACGAUGUAGGAAAGGAAGGCGCGAUUGUGUUUACCCCUCGCCUACCGCACCCUCCUCCUCGUCCUCCUCGUCCCAUAAAUCUAGUGCACGGACUACGCCCAAGCCGCGCACUGGCUGUCCACCGGCUCACAGCGCUGAUUCCUCUGGAAAGGUCGAGACGGAUGCUAUCAGUCCCUUGCAGCCAAUUGUCGACGAAGAGGAACCCGACAGUUUUGCACCCGAAUCACGACCGUCGCCUACAAGUGCCACGAUCUCACCACAAUCAGACCUGCAUAGGCGGCAGAGCACACCAUCUCUUCAGAAGUACAAUGCAAGUCAGACAUCCGAAGCUGGUUCGUUUAUCAAAGACAACAGUAGUUCACCCUCGACUGAGUCAUCGCGCCUCGAGACAAUGAGUACACGCUCUGGCAGCGUCGGGCAUUCAACGGCAGAAUUGGUCAACAAUGCGCGCCUACCGGAUGAUUUGCGAUUCUAUCUCGAUUUCCACCAACAGUUUAUGACCACGCCGCAUUUCUUUUUAAGACAAAGUUGCUAUUUUUUCGUCCACUACAGCCUUAUCGAUCUUGCAUUGCAGUAUGAGCCUCUUCUCUAUGCCCUGGUGGGCUUUUCGGCAUAUCAUCAUUCUUUACGCAGCCCAGGGGCAAAGCUGUAUACAUUCUUGAAAUAUUAUAAUAAAGCCUUGGUUCUCCUUCGGAAAUCAUUGGGCUCCGGGGAAAAGCACAGCGAGGCUACACUGUGUACUGUUCUUGUUCUGACGACAUUCGAGGAAUACAUCGGCGAUUGGAUGAAUCUGAUCGAUCACCACCAAGCGGCACAUGAAUUGAUGCGGGAACUAAUUACGCCAGCCUCUGCCAACGUGAACGAACUACAUGAGAACAUCUUCCUAUGGUACGCUCGCUUUGAUGUGAUUGUAGGGAUUUUGGCCGGCACCGAAACGGUCCUCGGUCGAGACUGGUACCUGGCAAAGGAACAGUACGAUGCUGAACAAGCUGCCAUCUACCCCGAUGACCCAUCCAAACAACUCGCCCACGUGGCAUCAAUCAAUCGACGAUUUGGCCUAGACAUGGCUUCGCUCUACGCCAAGUUGUCGCGCGGCAUGCUCUCGAUGGAAGAAUUCACCACCCAGAACGAACAGCUGGGCCGGUGGUUAGAUCAGGCCAAGACGAUUCUAAGGACGUUUGAUGAUCACGAUUACAAAGUGCAGCAUUAUCCCAAUAAACAGCCCUUGACCGAAGACGACGUUACGGAUCCGUAUGUACCGGGUGGCCUGCAUCGAGACGCCUUGUGGGACUUCAACUAUGCUUGGAUCGACGUCCUUGCCACCGACACAAUGUACAAAUACCAGACCAUGCAAGUUCUCAAGAAGCCUUUACUUCAAGAGAUGCACGACUUGGUACAGGAGCAGAUUCGCCUGAUUGAGACAAUGGUCCGCUGGCCUCACAAGGAAAACGGAUAUUGCAUCAUGUUCAAAAACAGCAUCACCAUGAUUAGCAUGUUUUUACCUAGCGAGCCGAAGUAUCAGAUGUGGUCCCGACGCAAGCUGGCCUUGAUGGAGCAACAUGGAUACAUAAUUCCUCCUCGGUUCCGUGCGGGGCUUGCCACCAUUUGGCAAGUGCCAGAGAUAAAUCACUGGUGGCUUCCCAAUGAUGAAGGAUAUACAGACAUCAUCCGUGAGAUUCGUUCCUUGACAGACGAACGCUCGACACAGCCGCGCGAUGAGCUGCGCGAAAGUGUUCGUGAUAUGAAAUCUGUGCUUGGUAGGCUGAACCUGAAUGACCCUGAGGACAACAAGAGCCCUUCAUAG